AUGGCUCCUCCAAAGGACGGACCUCCUGCCAUACCUUUCGGUGGCCAGAGAGAUGGUAGAGGCGGAGACGUAGGCACUCCACCUCCUACAACUUUACAUAACUAUGCAUACCACGCAUACUACGCAUACCACGCAUACUGCGCAUACUAUAUACACUACGCAUACUACGCAUACUAUGCAUACUACGCACACUACGCAUACUACGCAUACUAUGCAUACUGUGCAUACGACGCAUACUACGCAUACUACGCACACUACGCAUACUACGCACACUACGCACGCACAGCGCCACCGCCGCCUAUAUCACGCACCCACCCAACAGCUGUAUCCACCCGUAUACCGCAGCCCCCACAUAUAUCGCAGCCUAUACGGCACUACCCCCACAUACAUCAUUCAAUUCAAGGACCAACGCCUUGA